UGUGUCUCGUUCCCUGGUACUUCCGCUUGCUUCGUCAACCUUUCCAUGUCGUUUAUUUAACGUUACAGAGAGAGGUAAACGAGAAGACUUGUCUCUCUCUCUUUCACUUCUUUGUGAAUUCAUUCUCUCUGCCCAAGUUUCUGUCUUUCUAUAUCUUGUGUCUCUCCACCUGGAGACUGUUGGUAACAAUCCGGAUACACUCGUUUUAAUUUCUCUUCUGCUUCUGUUUCUUCUUCUGAGCACCCAUUUCUCUGCUUCAUCUUAUAAAAAAUAGGCCCAAAACGAGAGAGAAAAAAAAAACAAUAGUUUCCAAUGCGGAUUUUCAUAGAAUUCUUAGUUCUAUUGCUGCUCUUAACAUUGUUUGUUAGCUGUACUAGCCCUGUUUAUGCUCGAUUCGUUGUGGAGAAGGAGAGCAUCAGUGUUCUCGAACCAGAGAGUCUACGUUCGAAGCACGAUGGAUCGAUUGGGAAUUUUGGCAUUCCUAACUAUGGAGGAACCUUGAUGGGAUCCGUUGUUUACCCUGGAAAGGGUUCUAAUGGCUGUUCUUCCUUUAAAGGCGAUAGCCCUUUUAAACCUCGGUCUUCUCGUCCUAUCAUUCUUCUUCUGGACCGGGGAGAAUGCUACUUUGCUCUGAAGGUAUGGCAUGCUCAAGAGGUUGGAGCUGCUGCUGUUUUAGUGGCGGAUAACAUUGAGGAGCCUUUGAUAACCAUGGAUUCUCCGGAAGAGAACAUUGAUUCAGAUGGUUACAUAGAGAAAAUCAGCAUCCCAUCCGCUUUAAUACAACGGUCCUUUGCUGGUAGCUUGAAGAAAGCCUUGCAGAAAGAGGAAGAGGUUGUCAUAAAAUUAGACUGGACAGAAUCGAUGCCCCACCCUGAUGAUAGGGUUGAAUAUGAAUUCUGGACCAAUAGCAAUGAUGAGUGUGGGGUCAGGUGUGAUGAGCAGAUGAAUUUUGUUAAGAAUUUCAAGGGUCAUGCUCAGAUUCUUGAGAAGGGUGGUUAUACCUUAUUCACGCCCCGGUACAUAACUUGGUACUGUCCAGAAGCCUUCAUUCUCAGCAGCCAAUGUAAAUCUCAGUGCAUAAAUCAUGGGAGGUACUGUGCACCCGACCCGGAGCAGGAUUUUACCAAGGGUUAUAAUGGGAAAGAUGUGGUAUUUGAGAACUUGAGACAGCUUUGUGUGCACCGAGUUGCCAACGAGACCAAUCGGUCUUGGGUUUGGUGGGAUUUUGUGACAGAUUUUCAUGUCAGGUGUUCAAUGAAGAAGAAGAGAUAUAGCAAAGAAUGUGCUGAGGAUGUCAUGAAAUCACUUGAUUUGCCAAUUGAAAAGAUUGACAAAUGCAUGGGUGAUCCUGAAGCUGAUGCGGAGAAUGAAGUGUUGAAGACAGAGCAGGACCUCCAGGUUGGCCGAGGAUCUCGGGGUGAUGUUACCAUCUUACCAACUCUAAUCAUUAACAAUAUUCAAUAUCGAGGAAAGCUGGAGAGAACUGCUGUGCUGAAGGCAAUAUGUGCUGGAUUUAAAGAGACUACUGAACCAGCAGUUUGUCUGAGUGGAGAUAUUGAGACUAAUGAAUGUCUGGAAAGAAAUGGAGGUUGUUGGCAGGAUCCCCAAUCUAAUAUUAGUGCUUGCAAGGAUACUUUCAGGGGCAGAGUUUGUGAAUGCCCUGUGGUUAAUGGUGUUCAGUAUCAUGGAGAUGGUUAUGCAUCUUGUGCAGCGGUGGGACCUGGAAGGUGUGCUCUGAAUAAUGGUGGUUGCUGGUCGGAUAGUAAAACUGGAAAAACCUUUUCAGCUUGUUCAGAGUCUCUGCUAACAGGUUGCCAGUGCCCGUUAGGCUUUACUGGGGAUGGUCUUACAUGUGAAGAUAUUGACGAGUGUAACGAAGGUCUUGCUUGUCAGUGUGAUGGUUGCACUUGUACAAACACAUGGGGUGGAUAUGACUGCAAGUGCAAAGCAGACCACCUUUACAUAAAGGAACAUGACACAUGUAUCUCUCAAAGCACAUCAGCAUUUGCAUGGUUUGUUUCAAUGUUUGUCCUCGCUGCUGUUGUGGGGGCUGCUAUAGCAGGUUACAUAUUCUACAAAUACCGGCUCCGGUCAUAUAUGGACUCAGAGAUCAUGGCUAUCAUGUCACAGUACAUGCCAAUUGAUAACCAGACCCAAGUUGAAUCCCUACAUCAAGGUACCACGGCAUAAUGAG